AUGAUCAGCCCGGAGCUGAGGGAAAAGCUGCAGUUGUACAUCUCUGCGUCAAUAAAGACAAUCGCAGCCGUUUUGUUGGUAGAAAGACAAAAGCAACAAAGGCCAAUAUACUUUGUGAGCCACGUGCUGACCGAGGCAAAGCAAAGGUACCCAUUGGUAGAGAAGCUAGCCUUCGCAGUGGUCACAGCAGCAAGGAAGUUAAAGCCAUAUUUUGACGCGCAUGUAAUAGAAGUCCUCAUAAACCACCCGUUGGAGAAAGCUUUACAAAAAAUGGAUGCAUCGGGCAGACUCUUAAAAUGGGCAAUUGAGCUUUCUGAGUACGAAUUCGAGGUCAAACCUAGAGCAGCCAUCAAGGCACAAGCUUUAGCAGACUUCAUAGUGGAAGCUUCCUACGAGGAGAAAGAAGAUGAUAUUGGGGUCUGGAAGGUGGAAGUGGAUAGGUCCUCGGCCCAAACGGGGAGUGGAGCAGGAGUCAUAAUGACAUCUCCAGAAGGAAACGUAUUCGAGUAUGCCAUAAAGUUCAAGUUCAAAGCAUCGAAUAACGAAGCUGAGUACGAAGCGGCACUGGCAGGCCUGCGUAUGAGCCUCGCAGCCGGAGCCCGUAAAGUACACCUGCAAACUGAUUCUCAGCUCGUCGCUAGCAACCUACAGGGGGCGUAUGAGAUAAGGGAAGCCACCAUGCUGAAGUACGUAAUCAAGGUAAAGGAACUGGCAGCCCAGCUAGUCCACUUCCAGAUAGACUUGGUCCCCAGAGCAGGAAACUCUCAGGCCGACGCCUUGUCCAAGUUAGCUAGCUCCACUUUACAAAUCCUAACAAGGACGGUGAUGGUUGAAGUACUAGAAGAAAGCAGCAUUGCCGAAAAAGAGCAGGUAAACUGCGUUGAAAGGCAGAGAGCCUGGUUCUCAGACAUCUUGGCGUAUAAAGUCCACGGCUCACUGCCCGAUGAUGAAGUACAAGCUAAGAAGGUGAUGAAAGACGCCAACUGGUAUGUAGUGAUGAACGGGGAACUUAACAAAAAGGGCUUCUCAAAACCACUACUGAGGUGUAUUCUAGAGUGGGAGCAGGAGGACAUUAUGGAAGAAGCCCACUUCGGAAUAUGCGCCAACCACAUUAGUGGAAAAGCAUUAGGAGUAGAGGUCCUCAUAAGGGGGGCAUAUUGGCCAACUCUCGCACAAGAUGCACUAGCAUAUGUAAAAAAGUGCGACAAGUGUCAAAAGUAUUCACUAGUCAUAAAUCAGCCAGCAAACGAUCUAACUUCAAUCCUCAGCCCGAUCCCGUUUGCUCAGUGGGGAAUGGACAUAUUGGGACCUUUCACCACUGGGUCAGCGGGCAGGAAGUAUCUCAUUGUGGCGAUAGAUUACUUUACAAAGUGGAUAGAAGUCGAACCGACUAAGUACAUAAAGGCAGCCCAAGUCAGGACAUUCAUAUGGAAAAGCAUCAUCACAUGA